AUUACAGUAUUUUAUUAAUACAUUUAAACAAAAGUUGUGUCCAUUUGAGUGAUUGAUAGCCAAUAUGUUUAAGAAGUUUGAUGAAUCCAACGUUUCCGGUGUCACACAACUCAAGUCGUCUGUUCAAAAGGCAAUUAAAAACAAAAUAGUGGAUCAGUUCCCUAAUAUCAGUGACUAUAUCGAUGAGAUAUUGCCUAAGAAGGAGGCCAUUAAAACAUUGAAAUGUCACGAACAUAUUGAGGUAGUUAUUGGACCAAAUGGUGAUCAUCUAUUCUUCAGACAGAGAGAUGGUCUAUAUAUUCCUACAUUGAAAUUGAUUCAAAAAUAUCCAUUCAUAUGUCCCCUUAUGCAGGUAGACAAGGGUGCCAUCACUUUUGUCUUGAGCGGUGCUAAUAUCAUGUGUCCGGGACUUACAUCUAAAGGAGCUAUAAUGACACCCGACCUACCCGUUGACUCUGUGGUCACUGUGAUCGCCGAAAGUAAACAACACGCACUUUCUAUGGGAAUCUUAAAAAUGUCAACAAAUGAUAUAGCUAAAAUCAAUCGGGGAAUUGCCAUCGAAAAUGUCCACUUCUUAAAUGAUGGCCUCUGGAGAUUAAAAGCUUAUAAAUAAUAGCUAUUUUAGGAUAGUUUUUACAAUAAUUUUUUUGUAUUUAAAUGGUUUCGGUUUUUAUUUUAUUAAUAAAUAAUUUG